AUAAAUAAACAUUAAACAAAAUAUUUUUAAAGGGUGCAUAAAAUGUAUUUGUUUAAUGUAAAGAAUUAGUAACUGGUGAAAACCUGCGUACCCACCACCCAGGACAGGAAGUGAGACCUCAGUAGUGCUCCUGAAACUCCACCAUCACAUACCUCCCCGGCCCUCUGCCUCGAGGCACCUGUCCUGACUGCCCCUGUUUUCCUCUGCGGCCUCACCACCUACGGAAGCCCCUCGAGAAAGAGAGCCUGGGGUUUCCUGCCUUUGAACUGAACGCGGACGGGAUCUCCCCGUUCCGCGAGCUUUCCUCCUUUCGUUCGCCAUUAUGUCUGUGAGAUCGUCCACGCAGCUGAAGUUUGUUCAUUUCCUUCCGUAUUUUGGAUUGAUUACAGGCGCACCCCUGCGCCCCGUGAUGCUGUGUGAUGAUGGAAUAGCAAUGCAUUCCGCUAUUGAGGGACAGCCGUUUUCACCAGGCGCGGGCUAUUACAAAUAAGAUUGCUGUGAAUGUUUUCGUGCGUGUCUCUGGGGGUACGUGCGUGAAGGUGUCACUACAGGGGUGUCACUACAGGUCACAGAUAAGCCCAUUGUCUACUUUUACUAGAUACUGUCUCGCUUUUUCCGAAGGGAUUUCUUCGAUCUCCGCUCCCACGAGCCAUGACGGUUCCUGUUGCUUCCCCUUCUCCCAGGCACGUGGUAUUUUCAGGCUUAUUAAAUGAUUACCAAUCUUAAUGUUUUAUUGGAUGGUUGAAUCAAUGACUAGACGUUUGGUUGCAGCUGCCUCAUCGCCCCCACUGCAAAUGCCCGUGCCCGUGCCCUGUUGCCAAGAGUCUAGAAGUUUCAGAGUGCUGUCCUCCUCCAGGGUCUCUUCCAGCUCUGCCUCGUGACUUUAUCUCAUUCCCAAGGGCUAGGGGACUGUCACAGGGCUGUCUGUACUACAUGGGGAAACUGAGGCCCCGAGCAGAGAUCGCGGAGACGGUGUCCUCUCCAGCCUCUCCAGCAGAAGCAGUGGCCAGAAGCCUUCGACCCCCUUCCCAGGGUCCCAUUUCUGGAAGACUUUCCUCCAACUAGCCCCACCUUGGGCAUCUCAGUUCCUUCCCUCUCUAGAACCCUCAGCCUCACACGGCACAAGUGAGAAUGCCCAGGGAACGUGAGGCCAAGGGGAGUGUGGAAUCCCAGGGCAAAGCUGGCAGGGCUCCCCAGGGAGGGCUGUUUCAGGCUGUCUGGGUCCCAGCACCAGGUUGAGAAGCCCUGGGUACAAGUGGCUCCACAGAGGCCAAACACAACACCCGAUCUGGGUUCCUUCUCCAGAUGGGAGCUCUUGUUCCCACUGCCCUGACCCCUGGCACAACCUCCAGAGGCAACGUCCCAUCUCACCCAUCUGCGCCCUCCUGCCAUCCGGGCACCAGCACCCUGGCCGCCGAGGUCCGAUCAGAGCGAUGGACGAGGUAGUGCGCGCCUCAAGGGACCCUGCAGUUCCUCCCCCAGAGCUAUUCCUGGCCUAGGCGUCUCCCCACCCCACCAGUCCUCCCACCUGACCUGACCCCACAGCUGGGAAUCAUCAUUGGCUGGGGGUGGGGCAGCCCCUGACUAUAUAAGCCUGGGCCUAGGUGUCCCAGGCAUCCUGGAGGUCCAGACCUACCCCUGCUGACCCCUGCACACUCCAGCCUGACCCCUCAGCCGGCGCAGCAAUGACAGAAAAAGCCACCUCGGAGGCCCCCGCCUGUGGUCCGGAGGAAACCGCCUCUGAGUCUGCCAAGGCACCCAGCGCAGAGCCUUCUGGAGAAAUGGCAGCAUCGGAGUCUGCUGGGAAAGAGCAGGCUCCCGCACCAUAGGAGCCCGCCCCUCAGGCACCGGCCCCCACACCCGCAGCCACUAAACCUGCACCUCCAAAUGAAGACAUCCCCAGUGCCCUGCUGCUGCUGGCCGUGGAGGAUGUGAGCGACAGCUCAGUGACCGUGAGCUGGGAGCCCCCAGAGAGGCUAGGGCGGCUGGGGCUCCAGGGCUAUGUGCUAGAGCUCUGCUGAGAGGGAGCCUCUGAGGGGGUGCCCACGAAUGCCCGGCCCAUGAUGGUGACCCAGCCGCCGACCGUGAGGAACCUGGCUCCGGGAGACCAAUUCUUCCUGCGUGUGGCUACAGUGAGCUCUUCGGGGGCCGGCCCACCAGCUGUGCUAGAGCAGCCUGUCCACAUCCAGAAGAUGAUCGAGGCCCCCAAGAUCCGCGUCCCCUGCCAUCUUCGUCAGACCUACAUCCGCCAGGUGGGAGAGACCGUCAGUCUGCAAAUCCCUUUCCAGAGAAACCUGGGCCCCCCCAGCAGCAUCCGGCUCCUGGACGUCUGGGGCUACGACGUUGCCCUUGAGUGGACACUGCCACAGGACCCAGGCAACACAGAGCUCCUGGGCUACGUGGUGCAGAAGGCAGACAAAAUGAUAGGGCAAUGGUUCACGGUGCUGGAGCGCUACCACCCGACCACCUGCACCGUCUCUGACCUCAUCGUGGGAAACGCCUACUCCUUUCGGGUCUUCUCGGAGAACCUGUGUGGACUCAGCACCUUGGCCGCCGUCACCAAGGAGCCAGCCCAGAUCCGGAAGGCAGAUAUCGUUGCCAAGCCUAAAGGGUUUGUCGAGCAAGACUUCUCAGAAGCCCCUUCGUUUACCCAGCCCCUGGCUGACCACACCUCCACCCCGGGCUACAGCACUCAGCUCUUCUGCAGGGUCCGAGCACUGCCCAAGCCCAAGAUAAUCUGGAUGAAAACCAAAAUGGACAUCCAGGGUGACCCCAAAUACCACGCCCUCUCUGAGCAAGGUGUCUGCACCCUGGAGAUCUGGAAGCCCAGCCCCUUUGAUUCCGGGCUCUACACCUGCAAGGCCAUCAGUGUGCUAGGGGAGGCAUCUGUGGCCUGCCGGCUGGAGGUCAAAGGUAAGGUUAUGAGGAGGGUCCUCCCAAGGACAGGAGAAGAGGAGAAGCCACCGCCUCUCCUGCUGGGCUAGAUGAGGCUGGGUGCUGGAAAUCAAGACAAGACAGAGGGGUGGUAAAGAUGGAGAGGUCUGGCUGUCAGAAGGAUUUUCCAAGUGGGAGGUUGGCCCGAUGUAGGGAAAGGAGGUAACAGAGUCUGCCACUCAGACUGAUCCAUUGACUGGGGUGAAGGGGUGUAGCCCUGAGCCCCUCUUGUCCCGCUGCCCCCAACUCGGGGCCCCUGCAGGUGUCCCCAUCCCCCACUCUAACUGCGGCAUCUCUUCCGGCCUCAGCCACGCACUGAAGAGCGACAGGAGGCUGUGAUGAGAAUGGUAAAUGUCUGGACCCGCUGUCUCUGGGGUCAGGCAGGGGGCGGGGGUGAGAGGGGAAGGUGGUGGUCAGCUCUGGGUACAAACCUGCAGCGUCAGGCAAUGUGCACCCGAGACAGGGGUCUAGCCUUGGCUCUGCGUGCCCUUAGACCAGGGCACUUCCUUGGCAGCAAUGUGGGGGCAAUGACCUAUGCCCCACCUUCCCUCCCCAGGGGGUUCUGAGGCUCUGGACAGGCAGGGAAGUUUCCCGGAGCCGCAGAGGCAGAGCUCAGAGCUGGACAUGGGGCCCCUGGGGCAGGAGGCCUGGGAAGGAAAGACAGGGGCUAUGUCCCUGUGCCCUGUGCCCUGUCUCUCCUCUUCAGAAGGCAGGUGGAGCCCCAGCCCUGCCUAACAGCAGGGCUCAUGAAGCGUGUCCUCCGCCAGGUGCUGCAGACCUGGGGGGGUUGGGGCCACCAGGCUCAGCAUCGAGCUCCACGGAUGCCCCAGACCCCCAUUUCUGUGACAGCGGAUGGCUUUGCUCCCUGGUACCUGCCUAGCCUCCUCCCCAAGAGGCUGGAGCCCAGGAGCCAGAAGUAGGCCUGGCGGGCCCCAGGCCAGUCUCCCCGGGGCAUGCGAGGGGGCCUGGAAAGUGCAGAGAUUGGAGUGCCCCUGCAGAGAGCUGCAGUCUGGGUGAGAAGCGCUCAAAUAAAGGUGUGUGGUGUUAA